AGACGUGCUGCUAGCUGGAGACCACAAUGACGGACUCGAAGUACUUCACCACCACAAAGAAAGGGGAGAUAUUUGAGCUGAAAGCAGAAUUGAACAGCGACAAGAAGGAGAAGAAGAAAGAAGCUGUGAAGAAGGUGAUAGCGUCGAUGACGGUUGGCAAAGAUGUCAGUGCUCUCUUCCCGGAUGUGGUGAACUGCAUGCAGACGGACAACCUAGAGCUGAAGAAGCUGGUCUAUCUGUACCUGAUGAACUAUGCCAAGAGCCAGCCAGAUAUGGCUAUCAUGGCAGUCAACACGUUUGUGAAGGACUGUGAGGAUCCAAACCCUCUGAUCCGGGCUCUGGCUGUGCGGACCAUGGGCUGCAUCCGAGUGGACAAGAUAACAGAGUAUCUCUGUGAGCCCCUGCGGAAGUGUCUGAAAGACGAGGAUCCUUACGUGCGCAAGACGGCGGCCGUCUGUGUGGCAAAGCUCCACGAUAUCAAUGCCCAGCUGGUGGAGGACCAAGGCUUCCUAGAUACCCUUAAGGACCUCAUCUCGGACUCCAACCCCAUGGUAGUGGCCAAUGCAGUCGCAGCGCUCUCAGAAAUAGCAGAGUCUCACCCAAGCAGUAACCUCCUGGACCUCAACCCCCAGUCCAUCAAUAAGCUGCUCACGGCCUUGAACGAAUGCACUGAGUGGGGCCAGAUCUUCAUCCUGGACUGUCUGGCAAACUACAUGCCCAAGGAUGACCGGGAAGCCCAGAGCAUUUGUGAGCGGGUGACGCCCCGGCUGUCCCAUGCCAACUCCGCAGUGGUGCUCUCGGCAGUGAAGGUGCUGAUGAAGUUCAUGGAGAUGCUGUCAAAGGACCUGGAUUAUUAUGGCACGCUGUUGAAGAAGCUGGCCCCGCCGCUGGUCACCCUGCUCUCCGCAGAGCCAGAGCUGCAGUACGUGGCUCUCCGCAACAUUAACCUCAUCGUGCAGAAGAGGCCUGAAAUCCUAAAGCAUGAGAUGAAGGUGUUCUUUGUGAAGUACAACGACCCCAUCUACGUCAAACUGGAGAAACUGGACAUCAUGAUCCGCUUGGCUUCCCAGGCCAACAUUGCCCAGGUACUUGCAGAGCUGAAGGAGUACGCCACAGAGGUGGACGUAGACUUUGUAAGGAAGGCGGUUCGAGCCAUCGGCCGCUGUGCCAUCAAGGUCGAGCAAUCAGCCGAGCGUUGCGUCAGCACCCUGCUCGACCUCAUCCAGACCAAAGUCAACUACGUGGUGCAGGAGGCCAUUGUCGUCAUCAAGGACAUCUUCCGCAAGUACCCCAACAAGUACGAGAGCGUGAUUGCCACCCUGUGUGAGAACCUGGAUUCCCUGGACGAGCCUGAGGCCCGGGCUGCCAUGAUCUGGAUUGUGGGGGAGUACGCUGAGCGGAUCGACAACGCAGACGAGCUCCUGGAGAGCUUCCUGGAGGGAUUCCAUGAUGAGAGCACCCAGGUUCAGCUACAGCUGCUGACAGCUAUUGUGAAGCUGUUUCUGAAGAAGCCCACGGAGACGCAGGAGCUGGUGCAGCAGGUGCUAAGCCUGGCUACUCAGGACUCGGACAACCCGGACCUGCGAGACCGUGGCUACAUCUACUGGCGCCUGCUCUCCACUGACCCGGUGGCUGCCAAGGAAGUCGUGCUGGCAGAGAAGCCCCUCAUCUCCGAGGAGACGGAUCUGAUAGAGCCGACGCUGCUGGAUGAGCUCAUCUGUUAUAUCGGGACGCUGGCCUCCGUCUACCACAAGCCUCCCAGCGCCUUUGUGGAGGGCAGCAGAGGGGUCGUGCACAAGAGCUUGCCUCCGCGAACGGGCUCGUGAGUAUCUCUCUGCCUGCCCCCCUCCUCCGCAGGCGCUUUCCACCCUGCCGUUAUCCCUGACACAGCAGUCCUUCUUGGUGACCGGCUGAUCCUAGACCUGGGCCCCCCGGUGAGCGGGCCUCCCAUGGCUGCCACCUCCGUGCAGAUGGGUGCCGUGGACCUUCUCGGAGGCGGCUUGGACAGCCUGAUGGGGGACGAGUCGGAAGGGCUGAGGAGCGAUGUGGGAGGCAGCCCUGCCAUGGGCGGCGGCAGCGGCUUCGCAGCACCCAGCACCGCAGUGCCUGCGAACCUGGGGGCACCCCUCAGCAGUGGCCUGGGAGACCUCUUUGACCUCACCGGGGGAGUGGGUACUCUGUCAGGAUCCUACGUGGCACCUAAAACGGUCUGGCUCCCUGCCAUGAAGGCCAAGGGGCUGGAGAUCUCUGGCACAUUCAGCCGCCAGGUGGGCUCUAUCUCCAUGGACCUCGUGCUAACAAAUAAAGCCCUGCAGGUCAUGUCUGACUUUGCCAUCCAGUUCAACCGCAACAGCUUUGGUCUAGCCCCAGCAGCUCCUCUCCAGGUCCACGCGCCUCUCGCCCCCAACCAGUCGGUGGAGAUCUCCCUUCCCCUGAACACAGUCGGCUCUGUCAUGAAGAUGGACCCCCUGAACAACCUCCAGGUCGCAGUGAAAAACAACAUUGACGUGUUCUACUUCAGCACACUGUAUCCGCUGCACAUCCUCUUCGUGGAGGACGGGAAGAUGGAGCGGCAGAUGUUCCUGGCCACUUGGAAGGACAUUCCCAAUGAGAACGAGGCCCAGUUCCAGAUCAAGGACUGUUCUCUCAAUGCAGAUGCCGUUAGCAGCAAGCUUCAAGGCAGCAACAUCUUCACCAUUGCCAAGAGGAACGUGGAGGGCCAAGACAUGCUCUACCAGUCUCUGAAGUUGACCAAUGGGAUCUGGGUGCUGGCAGAGCUGCGGAUCCAGCCCAGCAAUCCCAGCUUCACGCUGUCUCUGAAAUGCCGAGCGCCGGAGGUGGCCCCCUACGUCUACCAGGCCUACGAAACCAUCCUGAAGAACUGAUGUGCCGCUGCACCCCGUCCUCCUCGCUGCCCGAGGAAGCGGGGCAGGACCUGCGUGCAUGUUUCCUCUUUCUCCUUCCAAGGAACAAACAUGAGCAAGAUCUCCCCCUGGACCUCACCCUCGAGCUGGCGUUGCCUGAGGGCUGGAAACGGAGCCAGUGCUCCCACCUUGGGAGGGCGGAGAAGGCAGGGGCUUCCCAGCUGGUCCAUGCAUCCGUGUAGAAAUCCCUGUGUCAGUAAUGCAGUGUCCUCCUUUCUCACGUUGCCCCUGCAGGAGCCCUGUUUUCGCCCUCGAGGUCCAAGCGAGCACUUUCGUGCUGAGCUGUGACGCCAGCGCACGCAAGGCACGGAGGAGACAGUGGGACUGCUCGUUCCCCUCUCCUCUCUGCUUUCUCGGGCCCCCAGCCCCUUGAUGCCGUUGUACCCACGCGCACCUCUCUCCCAGCCCCAGCCCUGCAAAAACCUGCCUCUCCCUGGUGGUGGGUCUCACGCCUGAACGCGCGUGGUGGCUGGUGAAGGAUUCAUCACUUGUCUAGCGAGAGCCUGGGCUCCUGUCCCCUCCGGGGCCGCGGCGGAGCCAGCCCUGGCCUCAGGGGCUGUGGAGGGGGGUCCUGGAUGGAGACCGGGGGGAGCAGCAACGGGAGCCCUGCAGGGCCUCCCGGGCCCGCUGUGGGGCUCC